AACAACACUUUGCGGAAAUCAAUCGUCACUUGUUUGGUUUUCAGUAGCUCAGUUCUCUAUCACAAUAUAACCAAACAGCUCUUUUGAUAAUAUUACAAACGUUAAAUUUAAUAUGUAAUUUAAAAAAAUUAUGUGGUUCAUGAACGCGGUGCAAGCUAAACUGUCGGCGGCGAUUAUUUUAAUGGAUAUUGUACUACUAUACCAUCCAGUGGGUGGGGGUAAUAUAUUAUGGUCAUCACGGCGAUCUGAUCAAGAAUAUAACGAAUUAAUGAUGAUACACACUGGCUACGAGGGUGAAUUGCCAACAGAGAUUUCAAUUAGAGACGAGAAACUAGUGGAAUCGACCCGCCGGAACAAGCAAAAAGAUUUGAAGUGCACGUAUGUACUAAGCGGUUUGUACCAUGUACGUCUUACCGGUUUGCUUUUAAAGCAUUUCGAAAACACUGAUACAGCAGUUAAGAAGAUUACUUCGUAUGACACUACAGUCCAGACACAGAUGGACACGUUGCUCAAGUUCGGCGCCGAAGAAAUGAAAACAAUGUGGUCGUUUUAUUUGUACAUAAACUUGUUGAGUGAAUAUCCCGAAUGCUUUGCCGGGGACGGGCGUACGGAAUCGGAAUUCAAGGAGAGGGCGAUCAAAGCACACGCGUUGAUUUCGGACCAAAUGGAACACGGAGUGCAAUCGUGUCGCAAAAACAACAGGUUCGAUGGCAAACUACCAAUUGAAGAAAAAGAAUGCAUGGACCUGAUGGAAGACAAUCCGCUCGGGUGUUUCAACGAAAUAACGAGACACGUCAAGACAAAUAUCUGGUCCAUCAACCAUAUGAUGGAGUUGAACCGCGGAUCGGAGACACUGCGGUACACUAGCGACCAGUCGAUAUCUCUCAGGAGUUUGUACCUCAACGAUUUCGGGUCGAGUCGAGACGUCCGCUAUCUUAGUAUCGCGUACAAUGUACAGGUGGUCUGGAACGACAUUGCGAAAAGGCUGAAAGCAGCAUUGAAGAGGGCUCGCAGCUUAGAAGAUUUACUCGCCGACCAACUACGACCUCUGAUCGAGUACCAGACCAUGUGCGUGGAUUUCGUCAAAAUCAUGAUGUUAAAGCUAACUUUGAAGCACUUAGAGUACAUGAGACAAAUGGUCAUAGCAGUGCGCUCGGACACCUUGAUGGCGGUGAUGCUGAAGAAAAACAAGAUCGGUUACGUUGAACAGUGGUUGGAGAUACUCACCGAGUUUGCGAUGAUCUUCGACUUGACCGAAGACCGCACGUUCGAGUAUUUGCUGUCAAAUUUCCACGUGAACACAGCAGACCUGUACGACGAAGUGCAAAGCCAAAUGGUAGUAAGCAACAUUCAAUUAGAGCUUGGCCGUUUGUCGAACGCCCUUGGCGUGUCCGCCACCUCGCCGAUCGUGUUGGAUGGCAAAGAGUUUACGUCGACCUAUUACACAUACUACUCGACCCUCAUAUUACCAAACUUCCUGUACCCGUCGACAGUUCCGAAAAUACAGAUAAACAGUAUUUAUUGUUCAAAAACGUUUGUCCAACACAUGCGAACGUUGUUUGGAAACGUCGAUUUUACAGUAGUCCGAACGCUGUCCGAACCGUUAUCGAACCAUUCAAUUGUUUAA